GGGGCGCAUUUUAAAAUGGGUCUGCCCAGGACACCUUGCAACACACUGUGCUGCCCUGAUCCUACAAGAGAUUUCAAAAUGACUUCCAUGUUGAGCCGGGCUGUCAGAAGUCUCCCUGCUACUUCCACGUGGGCUGUCAGAUUCUCUGUAAGAUCGUUCAGCUGCUCCCCUCUGUCACAUGCCACAGUCCAGCCCAAGAGUAAGAAAACCUUAGCCAAAAAUGGUGUGAAGAAUAUUGUUGUGGUUGAUGGGGUCCGCAUUCCAUUUUUACAGUCUGGCACCUCAUAUGCAGAUCUGAUGCCGCACGACUUGGCCAGAGCCUCACUGCAAGGGUUGCUGAACCGGACCAGCGUCCCGAAGGAAGUUGUCGAUUACAUUGUUUAUGGCACAGUUAUCCAGGAGGUGAAAACGAGCAAUAUUGCUAGAGAGGCUGCCUUGGGGGCUGGCUUCUCUGACAAAACUCCAGCCCACACAGUCACUAUGGCUUGCAUCUCUUCAAACCAAGCUAUGACCACAGGUGUUGGUCUGAUUGCAUCUGGCCAGUGUGAUGUGGUGGUAGCUGGUGGUGUGGAGUUAAUGUCGGAUGUUCCCAUUCGUCACAGCAGGAAGAUGAGAAAGACUCUGCUGUCCCUUAACAGGGCCAAGAGCUUGGGCCAGAGGCUGGCUCUGGUUGCUAAAAUCCGUCCUGAUUACUUUGCCCCAGAGCUCCCAGCAGUAGCAGAGUUUUCCACCAGCGAGACCAUGGGACAUUCAGCAGACCGGUUGGCUGCUGCCUUUGCUAUCUCCCGUGUGGAACAAGAUGAGUAUGCCCUGCGUUCCCACACUUUGGCCAGGAAAGCCCAGGAUGAGGGGCUGCUCACUGACGUGAUACCCUUCAAGGUGCCAGGCAAAGAUACUGUUACAAAAGAUAAUGGAGUCCGUCCAUCCUCCAUGGAGCAGAUGGGUAAACUGAAAGCUGCUUUUGUCAAACCUUAUGGGACUGUCACAGCUGCCAACUCCUCUUUCCUGACGGAUGGUGCUUCGGCAGUUGUGAUUAUGUCUGAGGAGAAGGCUCUGGCGAUGGGCUACAAACCAAAGGCCUACCUAAGGGAUUUUGUGUACGUGUCCCAGGAUCCAAAGGACCAGCUCCUGCUGGGGCCAACGUAUGGGACUCCCAAAGUGUUGGAGAGGGCUGGUCUAACACUGGCUGAUAUUGAUGUGUUUGAAUUUCAUGAAGCUUUCGCUGGGCAGAUUUUGGCUAACCUGAAAGCUAUGGAUUCAGAUUGGUUUGCACAAAACUACAUGGGCAGAAAGUCUAAGGUUGGAGCCCCACCUCUGGAGAAGUUCAAUAAGUGGGGGGGCUCCCUGUCUCUGGGGCACCCUUUUGGUGCCACUGGCUGCCGUUUAGUGAUGACUGCGGCUCACAGGCUGAAGAAGGAAGGAGGGCAGUAUGGUGUGGUUGCUGCCUGUGCUGCGGGAGGCCAGGGCCAUGCAAUGAUUGUGGAACUUUACCCCCAGUAAGAGGACAAGGAACUGCUGAAUGGAUCUGGCCGUGUUCUGUGCCAGGCAAUGCCGUUUCAAUGCACUAAUAACAUAUCUGUGAUCCUUCUUGGAAAGGAUUCCUGGUGGCCUUUGUAAAUAUCUUCUUGUUACCCCGUCAGUGAUCUGGACCAAAUUAACGCUCUGUCAAAUACACCACCAAACAGUUAGCGUGGCUCUUAGGCCUGUCGGGGUCCUGCAGUUAACUAAAACUUACCGGUAACUCUUUAUAAACAGGGGUUUUCUUAUGGAAGAAAUGAGUAAUGCAGUCUGGGAACGUGAAGAGUUGUUUUCAACAGAGAAUUGCCAAGUAUUUAGUGUGUCCAUUUACAGGCUCCGCCUCUUAAGCUCAGCUGUCCAGUUAGGGAUGUGGCUUAGCAAAGAGCCGACGCAAACAGAGUUGAAUGAGGUAGUGUGUGUAAAGGAUAGUGCAGAGUCCAAACAGCAUUGGGCAGUAACUGUAACUGCUUUAGAUACUUGUCAGCCUUAAUAAACCAGAGAAGAAUCUGAAGACUG